AUGUAUCUCAAGGCGGCCUGCAGUGAGAUCUCCGUGUCCAGGCAGAGAGGGGGGCCGAGGCUGGAUCGCUUCCCCAGUUCCAUCCAGCAGAGGCAGGGGGCAGGAACCAGGGUGCACCCCUCAAGCCCCACCAGCUUCCUUCCAGAAAGCUUUGAAGCCAGCAGACCUCGACAGCAGCAGGGUUUGGAGGAGCUUCUUCAUGUGCAUUUCUUUCAAGCAUCCGUCGAACCUAAAGCCAGCAUGGUGUACAGGAACCUGGGGAAAUCUGGGUUACGUGUCUCCUGUCUGGGGCUCGGCACAUGGGUAACAUUUGGAGGUCAAAUCUCCGAUGAGGUGGCAGAGCAGCUCAUGACUAUUGCCUAUGAGAGCGGGGUCAACCUGUUCGACACGGCUGAAGUCUACUCUGGCGGAAAAGCAGAGAUAAUCCUGGGAAACAUCAUCAGGAAAAAGUGCUGGAGGAGAUCCAGCUUGGUGAUCACCACAAAGCUUUACUGGGGAGGAAAAGCAGAGACAGAGAGAGGCCUCAACAGAAAGCACAUCAUUGAAGGUUUAAAGGGUUCCCUCCAGAGGAUGCAACUCGAGUAUGUGGAUGUGGUUUUUGCCAACCGGCCAGACAGCAACACUCCCAUGGAGGAGAUAGUGAGAUCGAUGACCCAUGUGAUCAACCAGGGGAUGUCCAUGUACUGGGGGACAUCCCGGUGGUCAGCAAUGGAGAUCAUGGAAGCAUAUUCUGUGGCCAGGCAGUUUAAUCUAAUUCCACCGGUGUGUGAGCAGGCAGAGUAUCACUUCUUCCAGAGGGACAAAGUGGAAACUCAGCUGCCAGAGCUCUACCAUAAGAUAGGUGUGGGGGUGGUGUCUUGGUCACCUUUGGCCUGUGGAAUCAUCACUGGCAAGUACGAGAAUGGCGUCCCAGAAUCCUCCAGGGCCUCAAUGAAGCCAUACCAAUGGUUGAGGGAGAAAAUAAUGAGUGAGGAUGGGAGGAAACAACAAGCCAAGCUAAAGGAACUGACUCAUAUCGCAGAGAAGCUCGGAUGUACUUUGCCGCAGCUAGCCAUAGCCUGGUGCCUGAGGAACGAGGGAGUGAGCUCAGUGCUGCUGGGAUCCUCCAAUCCAACCCAGCUAACAGAGAACCUGGGAGCCAUUCAGGUAAUUCCAAAGAUGACGGCAGGCAUUGCAACAGAAUUGGACCAUGUACUGGGAAAUCGUCCUCACAGUAAAAAGGACUACCACCAUUAG